UCUCUGCAAAUUAUAUCAUGAAAUGUGAUGAUGACACAUUUGUCAAAAUAGAUUCGGUGAUUAAGGAAGCCAAGAAAGUCCCCAUUGGUAGAAGCCUAUAUGUUGGAAACAUGAAUUACUACCACAAGCCCUUGCGUUAUGGUAAAUUGGCUGUGACAUAUGAGGAAUGGCCAGAAGAAGAUUAUCCACCGUAUGCCAAUGGCCCAGGCUACAUCGUAUCAUCAGACAUUGCACAAUUUGUUGUAACAGAGUUUGAGAAACACGCCUUGAGGGUAAGAUGUACAAACUUCUGCUGCUAUUGUUUUAACCCUUAUUACCAACUUGAAAAAAAAGAAAAAGAAAAGGCCUUCACGCUGACAAUUCAACUCUAAAACAACUCUUCAAGAUGGAAGAUGUGAGCAUGGGCAUGUGGGUGGAGCAGUUCAACAGCACGACACCCGUCGAGUAUCUACAUGA